GGGAUGUUAAGUUACUGUUACUCGGAUCCGCCAGCGCGGGACCGAGAUAGUAGAAUUCCAGCAUUGACAUAGACAUAUAUUUGUGUCACUUUCUGUUUGGUUAAAGGUGUCCGACAACCCCGACUGAACUCCGGAGACCCCCUCAUCAGUUUGUUUUACGGUACAUGUUUCGUUUGAAUAACAAUAGUCCGAAUUUGUUCAUCUUUCAACAAACCAUAGGUGAAUAUCGAGACGAGGAAUCAUUCCCUAGUGUACCUCCUCAGCGUGCUCAUUGCAUGAUGGUAAUUAUCUCGGAUGGAUAUGGAAACCGCGAAGAGCGGCCAGUUUGCUUCAACCACCAAAACGAGGUUUUGCCUGGCACAACUCCUUCGUAG